GCAGCAUUGUAAGCACUUAAACACAGGAAUUUAAAGAAUUAUAUGAAGAUGGCUACAAGUAAAUUUAGUCAGUUUCUGGAAGAUAUUGACGAGAAAGUCUUAGAGUGUGCCAUAUGCUUGAAGAGACUCCAGAAUCCAAAAUCUCUCAACUGCCUGCAUAGUUUUUGCUUGGCCUGUCUGGAAGACUGGGUUAAGAAGAAGGGUAAGCUGACUUGUCCAACUUGCACAAAAUCAUUUCCCAUUCCAGAAGGCGGGCUUCAGAAACUUCCACCAAACACAUUUCUGAAUAACUUGUUAGAAACCCUUCAACAAUAUGAUAAACCUGCUUGUGAUCACAUCACAAAAUGUGUUUGUGGAAAAGCAGAAGAAUACUACUGCCAGGAUUGCAGACAUUACUUAUGCUCUUCUUGUAGAGAUUAUCAUAAACUGAUGCCAAUUUCGGCAAAUCACAAGCUUCAUACAGUGGAGGAUGUGCGCUCAAUGACGCCACAAGACUUUGCUUUGUUAAAUCCUCCACUGUGUUCACUUCACUCUAAACCUUUGGAGUUGUACUGCCAAGAUUGUAAAACUCCAAUAUGCAUUCAUUGCACAUUUAUGAACCACAAAGUGUGGGAAGGGAAGCACAAAACAAUCAGCGUAUCAGAUGCAUUCCAAACAUUUAAAGAAACUUCAUCAACAUUAGAAAAAGCUGCCCAAUGCUGCAAAGAUAAGUUAGAAGAAGGCCUUGAAGCAGUUAUUCAAACAUCUACAAAAUUAGACGAAAGUAGAAAGACAAGUUUGCAAGAUAUUGACAGGCUUGUGCAGGAAAUGAUUAAAACAAUCAUGAAUAAAGGAGACGAAAUGAAAAAAAAUGUAGAGAUAAUCUACAAACUGAAAAAGCAAGUAAAUGAUGUACAAAUGGAUGAAUUUAAAACAAUAAUAUGUGAAGUAAAUACAAAAUUAAGUUUUCUUAAACAGUUGUUAAAGAGUGAUGAAGCAACAGCGAUGCAAUCAAGUGAAACAUUAAUUAAAGUACUGGAGGACAGAGUCAAUGAAAUGCCCAAAACAGAGCCAAAUGAUAAUGGACAAAUUUUAUUUUUUGCAAAUAAACACCACAUUGCUUCUUUGCAGCAAUGUGAGAUAGGAAAUGUAACACAAUCAACAAUAGAUGGUCUUACAUUAAAGGGAGUGGAAUCUGUGACACAAGGUCAAGAAAUUCUUGCCAAAAUAAUUAAAGCAGAUAGAUGUAAUGUAUUAGCAAAUCAAUUGAUGACAACGUGGACACAUCCUACAGGAGAAACAAACAUCUCUCAAGUUGACGAAGAUGACAAUGUAGAUUAUGUUGUGACAGGAAAAUGUAACAGUCCAGGUGUUUGUAGACUUGAUGUGAGUGUUGAUGGCAAACCGAUCAAGCAGUCACCAAUGAUAAUCAAAGUAGAACCAGAAGGAUUAUUUAAUACCAUUAAAUUAUUCAAAGACAAGAAUAAUGAAUACAGAAGCCUAGUAAAAUAUGAAGAGUGCUUGUUGGUUUCAUGUCGGACUAAUGAAAUGCUCAAAUAUAUGCAAUCAGGAGAAUAUAUUGGUAAGGUUACACUACCACAAGAUGUAAAAAUAUUUAAAAUGUGCAAAAUGAAGAAUGGUAACAUAGCAGUCAGUGACGAAGGCAAUGGAUGCAUCACAAUAGUUAAGAUGAAUGGUGAGGUGAUCAAAUCGAUUGGUCAGAAAAUAUUGAAGGAUCCAGCUGGGAUCCAUGUGGAUGAGGCAUCAAAUGCUGUGUAUGUAGCUGAUUGGGAAAAUGACUGUGUGUAUAUAUUUGAUAUUGAUAGUGGCCAGCUGAUCAGAAAGUUAGAGUCACCAAACAAUAAAAUAGGAGUCAUUGAUGUUUCCCUUACAAAUCAAGGAAAUAUUCUUGCAUUAGAAAGAAAAAGCAACUCUUGUGACAAUGGAUUAUUACAAUUUGAUAAUGAAGGAAGGUUGAUGAAAGUGCUUGUCAAAGGUGACGAGCAUGAGGCAUGGGGUUUUGAAGAGGUAUUAGUUGAUGAGGAUCACAAUAUCAUUUUAGCAAGUUAUGGAAAAAUACAGCUUUUCAGUAGUGAUGGAAAUUUUAUCAAAAGAAUUGAUAAACCAGCAGACAGAAUCAAAUAUCCAAACGGAUUAUGCUUAAUUUCGCAACAUCCACAGAGAAUUGCGGUGAUAAAUAAUGACACUAUAAAUUUAUAUAAUUACUGAGGUGUAUUCAGUAUUGGGUCCAGGAAUUUUAAAUAUGGGGCCCAGGGAGGGACUUUGGAUGGAGGGUAUAUACAACCUUAGUCCCACCAUGGUUAAGAGGGGAGGUAUACAAAAAUAUGAUUAUGGCAUCCUGAGUCUUUUAUCCCCAUUUUUUUAAUCUCAAAAAGUUUAGGGAGCAGGGCCUGCGGGGUAUGAUAUGUCGCACCAUGGUUGUAUGACUUUGACUGACGGAUCUGUUUCCUUUAUUAUAUACGGUAGCGUACUUAAUUCCUAGGAAUCUGUAGCAAAUCUUAUGGGGAAGAGGCUGAUGUAGGGAGAAGAGAAAGGAUGUGGUAAGAAUGUGAGGGGAACCUAUAAGUUUUAAACUACUGGAGCAUCACUAUUUGCUCAACAAGUUUUUUAGUAUGGCAAAGGUACCUAUAAAGGGAAGAUGCCAGAUGGGACCACACAUUUGAAAGGGGAGUGGGGGCUUCCUAUACUACUGAGAGGGAUGAUUUUUUUUCUCUAUGGUAACACAUUGUAUUGUAAUGGAACAAGGUCUGUGUUGUCAUGGAGGGGUGUUAUUCAGUAACUAUGUCCAGUAAGCCUAUAUUUUGUGUUCAGGACAUUAUAUUUUUUUUUCAUAAGGUAUUCAUCUCUAUUUUGUAAUGCCAUAUGGACAUGGUUUAGAAAUAACUUUUAUUAAGCUUUCAAACUAUGGCCAGAUUCAUUCUAAAGGCACCACGAAGCAGUGCUUGUGCCACACUGUAUGGUGACCUUGGAUGGCCAAAAAUUGAACUUAUUCAAAAUAUUCAUAGAAUUAACUUUAUUGAUAGAAUAUUGAAAAUGGGAGAUAAUCGUUGGCCUAAAAAAUGCUAUUAAAAAUAUUGUAAGCUUUUCAGACAAUCUAAAUACCAUUGCUUUUAAAAUCAAAGGUUGUAUUAAAACAAUCUAGAAAAAAUGUAUACUGAUAAUAUUUUUACACAAUAAUGUCAACAUUGCAAACAGAUAUUUCACCAAACACCUUUCUGAACAAUAUGAUAAACCCGCUAGAGAUCACAUCACAAAAUGUGUUUGUAGAAAAGCAGAGAAUACUACUGCCAGGAUUUCCAACAUUACUUGUGCUCUUCUUGUAGAGAUUAUCAUAAAGUGAUGCCAGUGUUGGCAAAUCACAAGCUACAUACGGUGGAGAAUUUGCGCAAAAUGGCCUCAAAGCUGUUAUUGGCAAUGAUACAAAAUUUGAAAAAAAUGAUGGAGCGUGGGUCUAUACCACCUCAGCCCCAUCAUGGUUGGGGCUGAGGUAAGAAAUUUGUUGAUUUUGGCACCUGUAGAUGGCUGGAAUAAUUU